UUGGGGUGAUCUAGAAAAUGAAGAACCCUCGGUCAUUAUACAUAUGCUCAGGUUGAGAUAAGUAAUUUGUGUUCUUGGUUUGAUGAAGGUGAAGUAACUCUGGAAGAUGAAAAUCUUCUUAAGUUUAUUUCAAAGUCUCAAAAAAAAAAAAAGAGUAUCGAAAAUUCAAAUUGAAGAUCAAAAGAGAUUUACAAGACUAGUGGCAUAUUUUCUUUGGUCACUAACUGAUCGUGUGAAUACCAGUGUUAGCAAAUAAUGAUAGUGCCUCUUACAAAAAAACGAAAAAGAAGAAAAGAAAAAGAAUAUCGAAAAUUCAAAUUGUUCCUUUUAAAUCUUAUAUCAUCCAAGUGGAACCUUAUAUAAUUCGAAAAGAAGGGUGGUCGUGAUAACGGGGCAGCGAUAGUUGUAAGCACUCACUCUCCAGAAUUGACGGUGUCCGACUACUUGUCCCAUCUUUCAGGUUCAAUUUUGUUCUGGGUCUACUCAAUUUAGUGAGUUCUCCAAUGGCUGCUUCUGUGACUGGAACAGCACAUGAAGAUGCUGCAAUUAGAGGGGGGGAUAAGCUUGUACUAAGGGGUUUGAAGUUCCAUGGUUUCCAUGGGGUGAAGCCAGAAGAAAGGAAGUUGGGUCAGAAGUUUCUGAUAGAUGUUGAUGCUUGGAUGGAUCUUCGGGUGGCCGGAAGAUCUGAUCAGUUGUCAGACACCAUUAGCUACACUGAAAUUUAUCGCAUUGUAAAAGAGGUUGUAGAAGGGCCACCUCAUAAUCUUCUGGAGUCUGUUGCUGAACUCAUUGCAUCUACCACUCUGAAAAACUAUCCCCAGAUAUCUGCUGUCUCUGUGAAAGUUGGAAAGCCUCACGUUGCUGUUCAUGGUCCUCUUGAUUACUUGGGCGUUGAGAUAUUUAGAUACAGAAGUAUUGAUGCACCGAACUAAAGAUUUUAUCAUUUAAUCUAUGUCCACGUGAUAGCCUGAAACAGGUUUGCUUUGCGUGUUUAUUUUUAUUUUUUUGUUCCUUUCAAACACUUGGUGGGGAUUCUUGUUCUAUAGUUUGAACCAGUGCACAGGUGACUGUAGUUCCUUCUCACGCUUAUGCUUAUUUAUUGAAAUUUUUUUUUUAAUUUAUGAUU